AUGAAGACCUUUCUCAGAAAAAGCGUACGCGAAGCAUUUCUAUGGAUUCCAUCUAAUUUCAAUUUGAAACCAGUAACUAUUCGUAAGAUUCCAGCAUGUGAUACGAUUUAUGAUUUGAAAGUCGCCUUACCUGAUGAUCAAUAUGCAAAAGUUACAUUUGUUAUAGGUGCUCUUGAAAUACGAGCACCUGGUGAUACUAGUAUCUCAGAGCCAACUUUUAGGGUCGAUCCAACACCCUGCACAUUAGAAGACGACUGA